UCUUCUGGGUCCUGGGAGCCACCCUGGUGAUCAUCGGCUCCCAUGCUGCCUUGCACCAGAUAGAGCCUUCAGACGGAGAGGAACUGCAGAUGGAGCCUGUGUAAGAUGUCAGAACCUGCCUGCCUUGCCGGCUGCCAGGUCUGUCAGUCCUUGUCCUGCCCGGCCUUGCCUGCCCCUCAUCCACCUCAGGCCUCAAUUCCAAGGAGAGGCUUUGUCUUUGGAAAUAAAGUUGUUACAGUUGCUACUUGGCAAAA